AUGUCUUACACUAGUCGCCGUGGCCGUGACUACCAUGCCAGUACAUACAUUCUUGCGCACUCAUUGAGCGGCAUGCCAGCAUUUAUGUGCGCUUCGUGUCCCUAUUAUUUAUGCCAUGUUUUUUGGCACUGGGUAUGGCUGAAUUCAUUUUCACUACAUACCUCGUCCGGAUCGAUCUGCGCGCUUCGCUUAUCUUUCCCCGGGCUUUUCAAGAGUUUCGGAACUAGUUCGGUUUCGAGGAUGGGAAAUGCCGCUAGCGGUUUGCUGCACUGUCGGACUGAUUUAACCACUCUCCUCUCUCCAGACGGUUGGAGUCCUGGCUGGCCAGCGGAGACUCGCUUGAGCAUUCUUCUCAGCUCGUCCUCACCAGAGCCGCAGCACUUUACACAUUGUCCUAUUCAAAUUCGUCUACAUUUGGUGUAA